UCCUUCCUUUCUGGCUGUGGUGGAGAAUUCCUGUGGGCAGACCAGUGUCCUGGUCACGGACAACAUUUGCAACAAUAUCUCUAAAGUCCAGCGGACCAAAUUUAGAAAGGGUUUUUGUGAAAUAGGCAGAGGAGAAGCAGGUCAGUGGAGAGAGGCCUGCCAGGAAGCAGCAGCGUGGAAGAAACCCAACCAGCUGAACAUGGAAGGGGCUCUGAUAGCCCGGGACAGAGUGGGAGUUCAGGAUUUUGUCCUCCUGGAUUCGCACACAAGUGAACUGGCAUUCCUAGACAACCUUCGCAAGAGAUACCGGGAGAACCUCAUCUAUACCUACAUUGGCACUCUCUUGGUGUCCGUGAACCCGUACAAGGAACUGGACAUCUAUACCAUUAAGCAGAUGGAGCAAUAUAAAGGGGUCAACUUCUUUGAACUGCCGCCGCACAUCUAUGCCAUCGCUGACAAUGCCUACCGAGACAUGUGCACGGAGUACAACAACCACUUCAUCCUAAUCUCAGGGGAGAGCGGAGCUGGCAAAACCGAGGCCUCCAAGAAGAUCCUGCAGUACUUUGCCGUGACUUGCACAACAACAGAGCAGCUGCAGAUCGUCCGGGACCGCUUGCUCCUCUCCAAUCCCGUUCUGGAGGCUUUUGGGAAUGCCAAAACUCUCCGUAAUGACAACUCGAGCAGGUUUGGGAAGUACAUGGACAUCCAGUUUGAUUUUAAGGGAGCUCCCGUUGGCGGGCACAUCCUCAGCUACCUGAUCGAGAAAUCCCGCGUCGUCCACCAGAACCCUGGGGAGCGCAAUUUCCACAUCUUCUACCAGUUACUGGAGGGUGGGGAAGAAGACCUGCUUCGUGGACUUGGCCUGGAGCGCGACCCCCAGAAGUACAUGUACCUAAUACAGGGUGACUGUGCCAAAGUGGCAUCCAUUAACGACAGGAGUGACUGGAGAACUGUCCAGAAAGCCUUCGCAGUCAUUGACUUUUCAGAGAGAAAUACUGAGAACCUCUUUGGGGUCAUUGCCAGUGUGCUGCACCUGGGGAACAUCCAGUUUGAGGAGGACAGCAAUGGCCACGCCAUCAUCACUAAAGGCACCCAGAUCAAGUGGAUCUCAAAGCUCUUGGGUGUCCACCUCUCCAUCCUGCAAGAAGCUCUCACACACAGGAAAAUCGAGGCCCGGUUUGAAGAGGUUUUAAGCCCGCUGAAUGUCGACCUGGCCUUCUAUGCUCGGGACGCCGUAGCCAAGGCAAUAUACGGGCGGACCUUUACUUGGCUGGUCAACAAAAUCAAUGGCUCUUUAGCAAACAAGGACCUCACCAAGAAAAUGGUGAUUGGGCUACUGGAUAUUUAUGGCUUCGAAGUCUUUGAAACAAACAGCUUUGAACAGUUCUGCAUCAAUUACUGCAAUGAGAAGCUGCAGCAGCUGCUGCUGGAGAUGACCUUGAAGGCAGAGCAAGAGGAGUACAAGCUGGAGGACAUCGAGUGGGAGCCAAUUCCAUAUUUCAACAACAAGAUCAUAUGUGACCUUGUGGAAGAGAAACACAAAGGGAUCAUUUCCAUACUGGAUGAAGAAUGUUUGCGGCCUGGAGAAGCAACGGACUUGAGUUUUCUGGAAAAGUUGGAGGAGAAAGUAGGAACCCAUGCCCACAUCCUGACCCGGAAGCUUGCGGACCAGAAGACACGGAAAUCCAUUGACUGGAUGGAUUUCCGUCUCCUCCAUUAUGCCGGGGAAGUGACGUAUUGCACCGUAGGAUUUUUGGAGAAAAAUAACGAUCUUCUCUACAGGAACCUUAAAGAGGUGCUGUGCAAGUCCAAAAAUGGCAUCCUUAGGGAAUGUUUCCAUCUGUCAGAACUGGACAACCGGAGGCGGCCGGAGACGGUGGCCACCCAGUUCAAAAACAGCCUGGCCAGCUUGAUUGAGAUCCUCAUGUCCAAAGAGCCUUCCUACAUCCGGUGCAUCAAGCCCAACGAUGACAAGGCGCCCGACAAAUUUGACAACUCCUUGAUAAAGCACCAGGUGAAGUACCUGGGGUUGAUGGAGCACCUGCGAGUGAGGCGGGCCGGUUUUGCUUACCGCCGGAAGUACGAGCAUUUCCUCCAAAGGUACAAGUCGUUGUGCCCAGCGACCUGGCCUCACUGGCGUGGCUCGCCUGCGGUGGGAGUGGAGAAGCUGGUCAAGCAUAUCGGCUACAAGCCUGAAGAGUAUAAACUGGGGAGGACCAAACUCUUCAUUCGUUUCCCAAGAACCCUGUUCGCCACUGAGGAUGCCUUUGAAUACAGGAAGCAUCUGCUAAUUGCCAGAAUACAAGCCAAAUACAAAGGAUGCAUCGGGAAGCGAGAAUUCCAGAAAAUGAGGAGAGCUGCCAUCAAGCUGGAGGCCUGCUGGAGAGGGGUCCUGGCACGCAAGCUGGCCAAGAGGAGGAUGUGGGCAGCGCAGACCAUCCGGAAGUACAUAAAAAGCUUCAUCAACCGAAAAGACCCCCUGAACCCCGAGAACAAGGAUUUCGUGAGGCUUGUGAGGUGCAACUACCUCACGAAACUCAGGGACUAUGUUCCAAAAAAUGUCUUGGAUAAGACCUGGCUGAAGCCUCCGGAGCUCUUGGUAGAGACGUCUGAGCUUCUGAAGAAGCUCUGUAUAAGGAAUCUGGUACGGAAAUACUGUCGUAGCAUCACAGCGGAGAGGAAAGCCCAGCUGGACCAGAAAGUGGUGACCAGCGCCAUCUUCUGUGGGAAGAAGGAGCGCUAUGCCGAGAGUGUACCCGUGCCCUUUGCUGACACCAGGCUGCAGGAGAAUGAACUGAGCCCCAAAGUCCUGCAGAUGAUUCGCCACGAGAAGGUGAAGUAUGUUACCUCCGUGGUCAAGUAUGACCGGAAAGGCUUCAAGCCCAGAGAACGGCUGCUGGUCUUGACUCGCAUAGCAGGCUACAUCUUGGAGGCAGCCAAGAUCAAGCAGAAGAUUGAGUAUGCAGCCAUCAAAGGUAUUUCUGCCAGCAGCCUGAGUGACGGGAUUUUGGUCAUCCAUCUCCCAGACGACACGAAGCAGAAGGAGGGAGACGUGGUCCUGCACUGUGAGCACAUCUUUGAAACCGUCACGAAGCUCUGCAUGCUGGCAAAGAAGGAGGAUGUGGUCUCUGUGGCCGAGGGGAGCCUCCAGUUCCAACUCGGUGCUGGGAAAGAAGGGACCAUUAUUUUCACCGCUGGGAAGGAGUCUCGGAUCUACAGGGCCCCCAAUGGACAACUCAUAGUGGUAUCGCCCAAGAUAAAGUCCUGAUGGGAACCCACGUUCACGCUUUGCCUGUUCCCGUGUCUGCCUGGAAAAGCAAGCCGCCCAGGGGGGAGAGCUGCCAUCUGUCAAUCGACCCAGUGAGGAUUUGGAUGCUUUUGAGGGGGGUCCUGAUGCAGAAGACGGCUGCCGUUGGGGCCCACCUGUGUUUUAAGACUUUCCUUUUUUAAAAAAGUAGCCACACGCACCCCAACUAUCUAGCUGGUAAUAUAGAUCCCUUUGCUGGCCCUCAUGAACACCCCCAGGAAGUGAAGUUCAAAUCAUUAAGGCUGCGUUUCUGUGGUGAUGCCUCUCUAACCACGUCCACAACGGCUUCAAAUCUAGCUGUGCUUAAAUUCACGCUUCUGAUUCUUAAAAAAAAAAGGAAAUCCUUCAGCCAAAACUUCUAGUGGAGGAUCAUAGCCAGGGCUCAACUGACCUCCGGAGCCAGUAGCGGAAGGGAUAAAGCUCGAUUCUACGGUCUGGGAGAAGUUUCCUUGCUUCCAAGGACAAUAUGCAUUCUGGACAGUCGGAUGAAGGGUGCAGCUGGUUGCCACAAUCCUUCAUUCUGCUGGACCCCAUUUUGGAGGGUGGAAGCCUCAAGCAUAGCUGGCCCCUGUAUUGGUUGCUUGCGGAGGGUGGGGGGCAGCUCAUAUGGGUGGGAGGGAGAGAGUUCUGUGCUGGGAGCUGUCUGUGCCUCCACUCUCCUCUCUGUCUUCGUGGAGCCUGUGUUUGCAAGUGCUGAUUACAAUAAAAAGAUGGAAGGAAGAGGA